UGUGCGGUGUGAAGGGUCUAAAAUCACCAGCUGCCAGGUGUGUCUGGACAAGGUGGUUGUCCAACAUCUCCUGACAGUUUAUUUAAUUCCCCCCAAACUGCUGGAAUCAAACUGGUGAGUAGAAUGUGUUUCUUCGUCCGUGUGCAUUCCUCAAAAGUAGCCUCAUUUAUAUUUAACAAGCCUAAAACAUGCACUUAUCAGUGCACAUCUUAUGAGAAAACACAUUUAAAUUAACUCUGUUUUGUCAGUUUUCGCCCCCCUUCACAAGUCUCCUAAACGUUUCCCAGUGUGACAUGUGUGCACUUAGGAGUCUGUGGGCGCGCAGGGAAGGAGAACAGGUAAAUCUUUUUAUCACCAGGUGGUAUUCUGGGCGGGACUGCGAAAAGUGGCACACCUCAGCUCUGUAAAAGCUUUCAAUUUCAACGAGAGCAGGUUGGAUUGAGACACAGAACGGGUUUUUACGGUAAGCAUUCGCUCACUCACACAGCUGGUAACACCUGGAAUACAGUAUUGGAAGCCUAUAGACGCAGGUGAGUUGAUCACGCAUCCAUUUCCUAUCACCGCCGCUUGUCAGAACGUGUCAACUUAACGACUGGUUCCCUCCUGAAGGAAUCUGUGGAGUGACAACCGAUCGGAAACUGUGCUGGAAGCGACUGUGAAACGUUCUGGCACGUUCGACAUGUUUCAAUACGUUUCUCUUCUUCCAUUGUUGUAGAAUUCCUGUGUAGUAAUUUGUGAAACGCAGGGACGAAUGUGCUAAUUCAGUAUUUCUUACCAUUUAAUGGUAUUUUACUGAAAUCAAAAACUAAAUCAAGGCUCAGCUGCCCAUUGCCACUCAUUUCUACUUUUUACUAAAAUUCCAGUUCUGUAAACCAACGGCGUUGGUCACAAUCUUAUCUUAUAAUGUAUUUCUACUAAUCCUCAGAAAAAUCAGGGCCAGACUUUUAUUUUGAAAUACUACAUUAUUAUUACAUUAAGCUGCAGCUUGGCUCCUGCUGUAAACAAUAUAAUAAUAUGGGACACAUUUAUGUCUUCAUGAAACCGGUGUUUAGGAGACGCCAGUGGCGCCGGCGGUUUGCUCUUUUGAACCCAGUGAUUCCAGUGGGCCUUUAAAAUAGCGAGGUCCGUGCCGUCGGACCGGCUGGGCGGCUCACGUACUCUCACGACGUCGCCGCAAGUCAGCGGAAGCUGGCGAAGCUGAAGGGGGGGGAAAAUGAAGAAAUGAAUGUUAAGAAUAGUUUGUGUAGAGCACGAGGAUCCGCGUACCUGCUGGCAGCGUUUAAACGCCACCACCGCGUGCGGGUGUGACCCACCGCCCCCACCUUACAUCUCCUUUCUGUUCUCCUCUCCACAGCUGUCCGUUCUCCAGCUCAAACCUCUGCAUUUUCUUCACACUGGACAGAGGAUGAUAAACAUCUCCCGUUACCGUGUCAACCACCUGCUGACUUACUCUCUGGAGGCCGGGGAUGUGCAGAACGUGGAGGAAGCCCGGGCCCGGCUCUCGGCCCUGGCUCGGAACGACAAGCUGUGGAGUCAGCAGAUGUACCUGGAUGUCGGAGCGGAGGCCGUCGUCCUGCGGGACACCGAGAGCCAGUACGAGCUGGAGAGCUACGGCCUCGCGUCCAUCCUGCGCUGCGACGCCAUCGACCCCGAGCAGCAGUUCACCUCCCUCCUGCUGCUGGUCUGCCAGGGUGCAGACCUGCAGAAGCCGGACAUUCACUUCUUCGACUGCGAGACAGUGAAGGCCGAGCAAAUCUGUGACGACAUCACGCACUCAGUAUCGGGUUCCUCCGGCAGCCGCAGAAAGAAGCUUCCGGAUGCCCUCAGGCUUUCUCAGAGUGGCGGCGAGAUGAUGGACCGCCAUGGAAUCCCGAGCCACCCCAUCGCGCAGGCUCCAAAUCCACCCCCAGGCAACCCCCCCCCUUACCCCGGACACAAAGCAAACGGCGGGCCGGAUAUCUCCUUCCUGCGGGCAGAGAGAGAAGUGGGGAUCCUCAAUCACUGCUUCGACGACAUCGAGAGCUUCAUGGGGAAGCUGCAGCAGACGGCGGAGGCCUCGACGGUGCUGGCGCAGAGGAAGAAGAAGAAGAAAAGUAAAAAGCAAAGUGCUGAAGAAGAUUUACUCACUGCAAAGGCCCGCCCUCCGCCAGAGGAGGAGUUCAUCCAUAUCUUCCAGAAAUUCAAAUAUUGCUUCAGCCUGUUGGCCCGUCUGAAGUCCACCAUCUCCGGUCCUUCCUCGGAGGAGCUGGUUCACCACGUCUUCAAACCGCUGAAUAUGAUGGUGAAAACCACGGGGGGGCCGUCUCUCGGAGCCUCGGUGUCCAGCCCCGCCAUGACCAGCUCGGCUGUCUACCUGCUGCAGGACAACCUGAGCGAGGAGGAGAGGCAGCUGUGGACGUCUCUGGGUCCCAACUGGACGCUGCCACGCUCCCAGCUUUCAGGGCCCGUAGCUCCCUACACUCCCGUGUUCUUGGACGGUUGGAAGCCGGAGGCCUCGAGGGCGGACGGGCCGGUUUGGGAGGAUCCGGUUGAGUCACAGCACAAAUAUGAAGCGCUCCAGCAGCAACAGUCUGUCGCUCAGGACGCCCGAGUCAGCGACGAACCAGACACCAGCAGCCUCCCACCAGAGUCCGAGAGAAUCUACAGCUGCACCUACGACUUCAUAGCCAGGAACAGCAGCGAGCUCUCGGUGCAGCAAGGGGAGACGCUGGAGGUGAUCGAGUCGUCCAAGCGCUGGUGGAAGUGUCGUAAUCGGUUCGACCAGAUCGGAUUCGUUCCCUUCAACAUCCUGGAUCCAGUGACCCACAUAGACACGCCGGCCCCCAAUAAACCCCCCAGUGCUCCGGCUCCACCUCCCCUCGCCAAGACCUUCUCUGCCGUCCCACCGAGCUCCAACGCCCACGGCCCCACCCACUCCCCCAAGCACCCGCACGGCUCGCCGCAAUACGGUCAACGCGUACCAGCCGGAGAGGACCAAGACAACAAAGUGAUGAUGAUGAACGACGAGCUGCUCCAGAGGCUGACCAACGGGAAGACCAACCUGAACAAGCCUCUGGUCAUCCCUCGCUCCUCGGAGACCUCGGUGCCGCUGGACUACCACUCCCCUCCGGAGGAGGUGGCCGAGUGGCUCCAGGGAAAAGGCUUCGGUGAACCGACGGUGCAGUGUUUGGGGGUUCUGACCGGCGCGCAGCUCUUCUCCCUCAACAAGGAGGAGCUCCGCGCUGUGAUUCCAGAAGAGGGCGCCCGGGUCUACAGCCAGCUGGCAGUACAGAGAGCGCUGCUGGAGGACGCCAGGAGGUCCACUGAGCUGGAGGCCGUCAUGGAGAAACAGAAGAUCAAGGCGGACGUGAAAGCGGAGAGCAGCACGUUGUGAGCAGACCGACCGCCGUCUACAGGAGUGUUUGGUUCUGGUAGCGACGUCACUUGCGAACUCCUGAAUUAUUAAAGCUGCUCACCAGAGAAGGAACAUGUGACGGAGGCCAGCGAAUCGGAUGGAAACAGGCCCUGUGCAAAUUAAAUAUUUUCAUAUUUAGGUAUUUUAAUGUGUUGAUUUGCAUGUAAAUUGUCUUGUUUGAUUUUUUUUUUUCUAGUAUGGAGAACUAACUUAAAUGAAGUGUAUAUAUCUUUGUAGAAUUCAUGAAUUAAACCGUUAACAUGC